CCUUUCUCUCUUCCCUAAACUCAUUUUCUCUCAACCCAAAAGAUACAGAGUUUAUCAAAGAUUCUGAGUUUACCAGCGAGCUGAGUUGCAGAUGCUGUUGCAAUGGGAAAGCACUCAAAGGAGAACGAUCACGGUCAACAGCAGCAGAAUCUCGACCCUGAGAACCCUCGUUUCUUCUGUCGGAGCUGUUCCUCUGCUCUGUCGCGUCUGUUUGGUCUCGGAUGUGUCAUCUUUUUGGCCCUUAGCUUUGCGAUUCUUCUUUCUGCGAUCUUCUGCUUAUUCCCGCGUCGAUCCCCGUCUCAUUUCGACGCCGAUGAGAUAGUUAAACUCACUGCAUCAGCACAAGCAUACUUUAGACUUCAUAAACCAACUUCUGAGGUUAUUUCCCAUAAACGAAGACUAGAGAAGGAUAUCUUUCGGAGUAUAGAUCUUAAGAACACCAAGGUGACUAUUCUGUCUCUGCAUCAAUCAGAUGCAUCUAAUCACACAGAUGUGGAGUUUGCGGUUCUGCCUGUCCCUCCUGACUACACAAUAAAAAAAGACGACUUAACUUCACUGCGAACGUCUUUUGUUAAGCUGUUUUCUCAAAGAUGGAAUAUGAAUCUGACCACAUCAAGUUUUGGGAAGCCAACUUCAUUUCAGGUUUUGAAAUUUCCCGGGGGAAUCACUGUAGAUCCUCUGGGAUCUAGACCUGUGUCUGGAGUACUAGAGAUUCUGUUUAACUUUACACUCGGAAUUUCGAUAUCCGAGAUACAAGAUAAACUGGCUCAGCUAAAGAGUCAACUUGAGCUUGUGUUGCGUUUGGAGCCAUAUGAGACUGUUCAUGUCUUACUCACGAAUGAAGAAGGAUCUACGAUAUCUCAUCCAGUAACUGUUCAGGUUUAUGUUGUCUCAACUAUAGGAAACCAUCUUCAGCAGAGAUUGGACCAUCUUGCUCAGGUCAUUCAAACAUCCCGUGCUAAAAAUCUCGGUCUAGACAACUCAGUUUUUGGUGAAGUCAAGAGUAUUACUUUCUCAACUUACUUGGAGGGAAAAAUUCUUGAUUCUGCUUUGGUAUUGAAACCAGCGCCAAAUUCUUGCUUCCCUUCUCUCUGUUAAGUCUUCACAUGAAGCUUCUUACCAAACUGAGCAAAGUUUUUUCUUUUUUCCUCUUUUCAAGUACCUGAUUUCUCUUCUGGCAAGGAAGAAAACUUGUGUGUAUGUUUCUUGUCUUGCUCGCUAAGUAGCGGUGACCAAAUGUAUAUAAAAUAUUAGAGAUCGGUGACUGACAGAAUCUACAUAGCUUUAGAAUCAACGGUCUCA